AAAACAACUCAAUAACAUCAAAAAACGUUUUUCCGCUGGAAGUAGAUUAAAGCCUGUGUGUGCGGUAGCUGUCUUUGAGUUGCUUCGCCUUUGAAGCCAAGUAGUAGAACACUAACCUUGUGUGUCUCAAGGACUGGAAUAUUAGAUAAGCUACUGGAUCUACGUUAGCUACCUAAAUGAACAUAGUUCAUACUCACAGUUUGCACAGCCUCUUUUUUUAGAGACACUGAUACUGGCUGAGCCCAUGACCACUAAUCACGAGUCAGACCUCCUAGAAGAGAGGAGUCCUCAGCAGAAUGGUGUCACUGAGACGGACUCCAGAGAGGAACAGAUUUCCACCUACUUUGAUGAGAAGAUCCCUGUCCCUGAAAAUGUCACACAGGUGUUUAGCUUUCGCAAGCUUUGGGCCUUUACAGGACCUGGCUUUCUUAUGAGCAUCGCUUAUUUGGAUCCUGGCAACAUAGAAUCUGACCUUCAGUCAGGUGCAAAAGCUGGAUUUAAGCUCCUAUGGGUGCUUUUGGGGGCCACCAUUAUUGGACUGCUGCUACAGCGUCUGGCUGCACGGCUUGGUGUCGUAACAGGGAUGCACUUGGCAGAGGUGUGCAACCGACAAUACCCAACUGUACCACGCAUCAUUCUUUGGCUGAUGGUGGAAUUUGCCAUCAUUGGGUCAGACAUGCAGGAGGUCAUUGGUUGUGCCAUUGCCUUCAAUUUGCUCUCUGUUGGAAGGAUUCCAUUAUGGGCUGGGGUGCUCAUUACCAUUAUUGACACAUUUGUGUUCCUCUUUUUGGACAAGUACGGUUUACGGAAACUGGAGGCCUUCUUUGGAUUCCUCAUUACUAUCAUGGCUCUCAGCUUUGGAUAUGAGUAUGUGCAAGUAGCUCCAGAUCAGGCAGAGGUUCUGAAGGGUAUGUUUGUUCCAUACUGUAAGGGCUGUGGGCCAGUGCAGUUAGAACAGGCUGUCGGGAUAGUCGGAGCUGUCAUAAUGCCUCACAACAUCUACUUGCACUCUGCACUUGUUAAGUCCCGAGAUAUAGAUCGCCAUAACAAAAAAGAGGUGAAGGAGGCCAACAAGUACUUCUUCAUUGAAUCCAGUGUAGCACUCUUUGUUUCUUUCCUUAUAAAUGUGUUUGUGGUCGCUGUCUUUGCGGAAGCUUUCUAUGGAAAGACAAACAUGGAAGUGAAUCAGCAAUGUAAUAAAACUGGAAGUGCACACACUGAUCUUUUCCCACUCAACAAUGAAACUCUUCAAGUUGACAUAUACAAAGGGGGUGUAGUACUUGGCUGUUUCUUUGGUCCAGCAGCACUUUAUAUUUGGGCCAUUGGGAUCCUUGCUGCUGGACAAAGCUCAACCAUGACCGGGACAUAUUCUGGUCAAUUUGUUAUGGAGGGGUUUCUUAACCUGCGCUGGUCACGCUUUGCCCGGGUGUUGCUGACACGCUCCAUUGCCAUCUUCCCAACUCUGUUGGUGGCCGUUUUCCAGGAUGUCCAGCACCUCACUGGCAUGAACGAUUUUCUCAAUGUACUGCAGAGCAUGCAGCUUCCAUUUGCAUUGAUCCCGAUUCUAACUUUCACCAGCCUUGCAUCAAUAAUGAAUGACUUUGCUAAUGGAUUAAUGUGGAAAAUUGGUGGCGGGGUGACCAUCCUUCUUGUCUGUGCCAUAAAUAUGUACUUUGUGGUGGUUUAUGUGACUGCCCUCAACAGUACAUUACUAUAUGUUCUGUCUGCUUUCCUUUCCAUUGCUUACUUGUGCUUCAUUGGCUAUCUGGUGUGGCACUGUCUUAUUGCCCUAGGUGUGUCCUGUCUGGAUGUAGGUGGCAGGAUUCAGUUGGGAAAGGCCCGCCACAUCGAUAUUUAUCUCCUGAAUAACAUGGACGAUGACUCUAUAGUGACGAGAUAAAAGAAUGUAAGAUGCAUUUGAUUUUGUUGGUAUUUUAAAUAUAUUUGUCUCAGUGUAUGAGGAAAUUGGAACUUCCUAACCAGAGACCACUACUGGACCUCUGAGUCACUGUUAUAGCUAUGCAAAAGUGACCUUAAAGCUUUUAUGUUUCAUUUAUAAUAAUAAUAAUAAUAAUAAUAAUAAUAAUAGAACAUAUAUUUGGAUAUUUUUAUUUAUAAAUACACUAUCCUACAUUUUGAAAAUUGGACAACCAUCACAACACUGGAAAGAUUAUAUUUAACAUGUAAAAUAUGAUUUUCAUUAAAAAGAAACCAUUUUAAAAUUAUAAAAUAAAAAAUUGCUAUUAUUUUAGUGUGAUGUUUUCAUGUUUGAGAGUUAGUCACUUCCAAAAGAGGAGUUGGUUCCACACCUAUUUUAAUGGCACUUAUUGAACCUUAUUUAAUGGCACUAGUAAAAAAAAAAUGUAAGGAAGUAGCCACUAUUUCACAUGUAAAAAGGUCAAAUAAUUUAAGGUCAUUUGUGUAGCAUUGUAAACUUUUUUUUUUUUCAGUCUCAUAAAGUAUUUUUUUUAAUCUAAACAUCAGUGUAAUGUCCGUGUUGUGCUUAGAGUUAAAGAUGUUUAAAGAAGUAGGGUCCAUGUGUAUCUAGAACAAAUGGAUCAUUUUUAUUCUGAAGGUAUGACGAACAAUUUUUUUUUUUGAAAUAAAGUUUAUGAUAGGGUGUUGAUUUACUAAACACCACAUUCCUAAUAAGCAUCAAUAUGAUAAUGCUAAAGAUGCUGCCAAUAACACUUGAAAUUAAUUAUUUAUGAACUAUUUGCUGGCACACCACAGAAAUGUAUGUUGUCAUAUUUAGUAACUUGAUUAGGUAUUUGCACAAUUUUUAUGCUAUACAAAACCUUGUGUUUACCUUCAAAUUGGUUGAAAUCCUGUAUUAUGGUAUUCCACUCUGGUCUUUUAUUACAAAACAUAGUCAAAUUAAUUAACCUCAAGAUUGCUUGUUCACUCACGAUUUCAGGCUAAUAGAAGGACUCGUAAUAUUGCAGUUCAUCAGAAAAAAAACAACAAAAAUAACAUUCUUAAGGGAAAAAUUUAAUUUCCUUAUUAUGAGAAAUUGGUGAAGAGCAUUCUAGAACUAAUUAAGAGUAUUACAUUUUGCUACAAAACUUGUUCCAAUUUUGACUCCAAAAUGACCAAAUUGUGAAUAGAAGUUUGCCUGAUAUUGCAUGUUUUUACAAAGCAUCCUAUUAGAAGAAUGAAAAGAUGAGUGCAGCCUACUGACCAUUAGAUCAGAAAAAUAACCUUUUUUAGGAAACCCUUUAACAAUAUAGAAUAGUUUUACAAAGUAGUAAAUUAAGUCUAUGAAAGGGAUAAACUGUUUAAUUGAUCAGUUACUGGUUAAAACACAUUUUUUGCCAUGCUUGGAGAACAGGUGUGAUUGCUCAUAGUCAUGCAGUAUUUCAUGACUUUCGUUAAUACACUGUAGAGGAUAAGCAUACUUCGUGUACCUUAAAUAUCAAAUGUAGCAUGUCACUUGACAGUAAAUGCACAAUUAAAUAUAACUGUGCCAUGAACAGCUUGGAAAAUUUCAAAGUCAAGUGAUCUUUUGUUUUUUUUGUUUUGUUUAGUUUUUUUCCCCUGGCAAUUUUUGGUGAUUGUUAGCCUGUUUUUUUUUUUGUUGUUGUUGUUGUUUUGUUUUUGUUUUUCUAAAGUUAUUGUUACUAUUAUGUUAUAAAAUUGAUCAUGCUUUGUGUGAUUUUUUUCUGUUUUUUUUGUUUUGUUUUGUUUUUUCAAAGAACAGCUUGAGUAUAUCGGGUGAAUUGUAAGCCAUGUUUUUGUAGUUGUCAUUGAUCUUUUGAAAACCAGAGAAAUAAAACUAACUGACCAAGUAAAAGUA